CGUGAAAACGCGACUCAGCCAAUGUGUUACAAGGAUCCCGGUUACUCGGCUUGUAGUUUGUUACACGUAGAUCUACCGAAUAGGUUGAUCCGUGCGAUUGUUUAUUGCUAUUACAAACGUAUAGAAUUGCUGCGCCCAUCAGGUUUCGUGUGAGGUACGAGUGAACACCUUCAGGAUGGCGGAUAAUACUAGAACGGAUAGUGGUGACUCCUCCUCGCCACAAGUAGAGAAAGGAUGGUCAGAAUUAAAGCAGCAUAUUGUAGAGAAUAAGAUCAAUUUUGCACUGUGGCUAACAAGAUGUUUCACUAUUAUACUGACCAUUGGUUAUAUUAUUCCUAUAUUUGGCAAUCCUUUUAAUAUAUACUAUAAGAUACUGAUGAAUAAUGCAGCAACAAGUGCACUGCGACUUCACCAAAGAGUGCCACGUGUACAGAUCACUAGGCAAUUUUUAGAAAUGUUAUUGUUGGAAGAUUCAUGCCACUACCUGUUCUACUCGCUGAUAUUUUUGUAUACAGCACCAGCCACAUUGGUACUCACGCCAGUUUUCCUGUUCGCUCAGUUGCACAUGGCCAGUUAUUUUCUUACAUUGCUAGAUUGUCUAGGACACAACUAUUGGUGGGGCGCUCGUCUAGGGAUAUCCUUGGUGGAGUUCCAAUCGCGAAAAAUUCUUCGUCUGUGUGCUUUAUCGGAAAUUAUUAUUUUACCAUUUACAGCUGUCCUAGUAUUCACGGGUCGCGCUGGCUUACUAACACCUUUCAUCUAUUAUCAGUUUUUGAAACUGCGACUUUCAUCUCAAAGGAAUCCAUACACGCGUAAUGUAUUCUACGAACUCAGGAACGGAUUGAGCUCCGUAUCGAAAAAACCGGCCGUUCCGAAUAUUAUUCGCAGAAUAAUCGACGCUUUGCUCUCAAUCACUCAACAAAUGGCACCGGUCCGCCAAUAAUAAAUACUUACGAUACUAUUCUCGAAUUUUUUCUCGUUCAAGACAGAUCUCCUAGGGUUCUAGGGUCCACUCUCAGCGACACUUUCGUGAAUAGUUAGCGCAAGAUGAGUGCCGACAUCAAAACAAUCCCCAUAGUGAAUGUGUAUUAUAAAAUAAUUUGUGAGGUCGUGAAAACAAUCAAAGUAUGAAGGGUUUCUUAUAUUAGUAAUUAUAAUCUUUCAUUAAUGAAUGUCAAGUAAAAAUAUAAGGGUAUAUUUCGUACUAAUAUCACACAGAAUUCAUCACUUAAUUAAAGACACAAACGGUGGCUAGGUUUGGUUGUUUAUAUUUUAUACUUGUCAGGAUAAAAUAAGAUUUACGAACAAAAUAAUAAUGCACAUGUAUUAACUUCAUGGUUCCGAACGUAAUAUGAGUUUGAGCUAUGGAUUUGUAAUAAAUAGGUAAUGGUAUAUGUAUAGUAGAAUUUUUUUUAGUGUUAAUCUUAUGUUGAUUCUUUCCUUUGACUAGCUUAAACUUUGUUUUGUCCAGCUUAAUGAUGUUAAAAAAAUAUGUGAUAUUUAUUAUGUAAAAAACAAACUUCUGAAAUAAUUACAUUAUUUCUAAAUAGCAAAAUGACAAAUCAAUUUAACAUCUAUUUGGAACAAGCUCAAUAUUUACAUAUAUUAUAUGUGUUUUGUCAGUUCUUCUGAUGUAAUCUUAUAAAUUGAUGUAUUUUUUGUUUAAUAUUUAAAAUUCAUCACAUUUAGCUGCUAUAUUUAGGAAAUGCGCGACUUUAUAAAAAGGUUCUGGCAUUCACCUGGCAUAUGAGUGACAGUUUUAUUUGUUCAAUUAAGAAUGUUUUCACUGGAUAUUUAUAAGGAAAUUUGGAAUGUAAACAAAUAUUGAUAUAGUGUAUCAUAUAUAUGGAUAUAUUAAGAACAAAAUUAUUCAAAAUUAUAUUUAUUUCACAUAUUUUGCAAUCCAGAUAAUGUAUUAAAUACUUUUGGAUGAAGAGAGAUUUUGAUUUUAUAUUUAGGGAAGUGUAUUGAGAUUCGAUAUCAGAUUUAUAUAUAUAUAUAUAUAUAUAUAUAUAUAUAUAAAUAAAAUAAAACUGAGUGCAACUUUUUCAUAGGGUCAAUGUGGUUUGUUUCAAGUGAUUUAACUGUAUACACUUUACAUACAAUCGUACACAACCAGAGAAUUUAGAUGGGACUCACCCUCGCAUUCAGCAGUAGCAAUCAGUGUUAAAUAUAUCUUUGAAUGAUUUUGUAAAUGAAAAUGAUUAUCAAUAUACUGAUAUAGCAAUUAAUCUUAAAAUGUACUCAAUAAAUCUUUAUAAAUAAAAUAUUAAUUUAUAACACA